GAGAGGUGGAGUAAGCCCUAUGUGGCUACGUUGUCACUACACAGCUUAUUUGAACUGCGUAGCUGCAUACUCAACGGCACGGUCAUGCUCGAUAUGAGGGCCAACAGUAUUGAAGAAAUUGCAGACAUGCUGAUAGACAGCAUGGUGGCGUCGGGCCAGCUGAAGGAGGAUUUGCGCCACAAGGUGCGGGAAGCCAUGCUGAAGAAACACCACCACCAGAAUGACAGAAAACUUAGCAAUCGCAUCCCUCUAGUCCGCUCCAUUGCUGACAUAGGCAAGAAACAUUCUGACCCACUCUUGCUUGAAAGAAACGGAGAGGGCCUGUCCUCUUCACGUCUCUCUCUCCACAAGGCAGGGACAGCCUCCUCUGUCUCCAACCUCUCCCAGAGACAAGAGUCCAGAGUCUCCAUCCUGCUCAACCAUCUCCUACCUUCCUCUUCCUCCAACACUGGGCACGCCCCAGGCAGCCCGUUCCUCACCACCCCUCAAAAUACCCCCGUUGCUCCCCGGCACUCCUCCAAAACCCAGGGCGCAGGCCUUGGCCCUCAUGGCAUCCCCGAAGUGGUGGUAUCGCCUCCUCAGGAUGACGACCACCCACACUCUGCUAAAGAAGAGGCGGCGUCACCAGAGCUCAGCCGUCGAGCAUCCUCGGCAUCCCAGGGCCUCGAGCUGAUGCCCUUAGAAGGACCACUGGUUUCUCCGAACUCUCUCCCCAACAACCUGGAUGGCAACAAGGCUGUGGAGAGGAGACCGUCCAAAGUAGGGGUGGAUAUGAAUUUCAUGAAAAAGAUUCCUCCGGGUGCUGAAGCCUCCAAUGUCCUUGUUGGAGAAGUGGACUUCCUGGAGAAGCCCAUAAUUGCUUUCGUACGACUGUCCCCUGCAGUCCUCAUCACAGGCCUCACAGAGGUGCCUGUGCCCACCAGGUUUCUAUUCCUGCUUUUGGGUCCUCAUGGCAAAGGGCCCCAGUACCAUGAGAUUGGCAGGUCCAUGGCCACACUAAUGACAGAUGAGAUUUUCCAUGAUGUGGCAUACAGGGCCAAAGACCGAACGGAUCUGCUGUCGGGGAUAGAUGAGUUCCUGGAUCAGGUCACUGUCCUGCCUCCUGGAGAAUGGGACCCCACAAUCCGGAUUGAGCCCCCAAAGAAUGUCCCUUCUCAGAUGAAGAGAAAGAUACCUCCACAACCCAACGGCAAUGCGUCUCCAUCUGGAGAAAUGGAGAAGGAAGAUGAGCACAACACGGGGCCCGAGCUGCAGAGGACGGGGAGGAUAUUUGGAGGUCUGUACCAGGACAUCAAACGGAAGCUCCCGUUCUACUGGAGCGACAUCAGAGACUCCUUCAAUCUGCAGUGUCUAGCCUCCGUCCUCUUCCUCUACUGCGCCUGCAUGUCCCCUGUCAUCACUUUUGGAGGGCUGCUUGGCGAGGCAACACACGGCAACAUAAGUGCCAUAGAGUCUCUGUUUGGGGCGUCACUUACAGGAGUGGUAUACUCCCUCUUCGCAGGCCAGCCCCUCACUAUUCUUGGCAGCACAGGCCCUGUAUUAGUGUUUGAGAAGAUCCUCUUCAAGUUCUGCACUGACUACGGCCUGAACUACCUGUCCCUGCGGACCAGCAUUGGUCUGUGGACGGCCUUCCUCUGUCUGGUGCUGGUAGCCACAGAUGCUAGCUCCCUGGUGUGCUACAUCACCAGAUUCACAGAGGAGGCCUUCGCUGCCCUCAUCUGCGUCAUCUUCAUCUACGAGGCUCUGGAGAAGCUCUUUCACCUGGGAGAACACUUCCCAGUCAACACGCACAACCACCUGGACAAUCUUACCAUGUACUCGUGUGAGUGCUCUCCACCGGUCAACGCCACGGAUCAACUCGUGCAGGAGUGGAACAACACGGGAUACACCCCCGACUCUAUCCCAUGGAGCAGCCUCAACGUGACGAUGUGUCACACACUCCAUGGAGAGUUCAUAGGUUCUGCCUGCGGUCAGCACGGGCCCUAUAUCCCAGAUGUUCUCUUCUGGUCCAUCAUCCUCUUCUUCACCACCUUCUUCCUGUCUGGCUUUCUUAAGCAGUUCAAGACGGAGAGAUAUUUCCCAACCAGGGUGCGAUCCACUAUCAGCGACUUUGCUGUGUUUAUCACCAUCAUGGUCAUGGUGCUGGUGGACUAUCUCAUGGGGAUCCCCUCUCCUAAACUUAAAGUCCCUGACCGCUUUGAGCCUACUUCAAAGAACAGAGGCUGGCUAAUGGACCCGUUAGGAGAGAAUCCCUGGUGGACGCUGCUGGUGGCGGCACUUCCCGCUCUGCUCUGCACCAUCCUCAUCUUUAUGGACCAACAGAUCACUGCAGUCAUCAUCAACCGCAAGGAGCACAAGCUCAAGAAAGGCUGUGGCUAUCACCUGGAUUUGAUGAUAGUGGCAAUAAUGCUGGGUGUGUGCUCCAUCAUGGGCCUGCCGUGGUUCGUGGCUGCUACCGUCCUCUCCAUCUCGCACGUGAACAGCCUGAAGGUGGAGUCGGGCUGCUCCGCUCCGGGAGAGUCGCCAAAGUUCCUGGGCAUCCGGGAGCAGCGGGUCACUGGGUUCUUGAUCUUUAUGCUCAUGGGUUGUUCGGUUUUUAUGACAUCGGCACUCAAGUUCAUUCCAAUGCCAGUCCUGUAUGGAGUCUUUCUCUACAUGGGUGUCUCUUCCCUCAAAGGAAUUCAAUUCUUCGACAGAAUAAAGCUGUUUGGCAUGCCGGCCAAGCACCAGCCGGACCUGAUCUACCUGCGCUACGUGCCGCUGUGGAAGGUCCACAUCUUCACCCUGGUGCAGCUCACCUGCCUGGUGCUGCUCUGGGUCAUCAAGGCCUCCACGGCCGCCGUUGUGUUUCCUAUGAUGGUUCUGGCGCUGGUCUUUAUCCGAAAGCUUCUAGACUUUUUCUUCACAAAGAGAGAGCUGAGCUGGCUGGAUGACUUGAUGCCGGAAAGCAAGAAGAAGAAAGAGGACGACAAGAAAAAGAAAGCACGAGAAAAGCUGGUAAAACGUUAUUUUCUUUAACAAGCUCUUAGUUAC